AUGUCCGAUAAAGAAAUAAUGAAAAAACCACGAGGAACAUCGGAAGAAUGUAUCACUGUUGUCGAUGAUAUCCCUAUUACGGCAGUUCAAUGGAGGGAUAAUAAAGUUGUUACUAUGGCCUCGACAUUUGUAGGUGAACUAGAUAAACGUACCACAAAACGUUUCGACAAAAAAGAAAAAAAAAUUGAAAUUUCCAGGCCAAUUGUUAUUGAGGUGUACAAUUCUCAUAUGGGUGGGGUAGAUUUAAUUGAUUCGAUGAUUGCUCGAUAUCGAAUAAUAAUGCGUAGUAAGAAGUGGUAUAUUAAAAUAUUUUUCCACUUACUUGACGUGACAGUGGUUAAUUCAUGGUUAUUAUAUAAAAAAGUGACGGGAAAAAAAUGUACAUUGGGCGCUUAUCGCGAAGAACUUGCGGUAUCACUCUGUCGUGGUGGUAUCAAUACUAGGGAAGGACGUGGAAGGAAAUCGAAUGAAUCGAUUGAGCAACAACAAGAAGUUCGAAAAAUUAAGAGGACAAAAAAGAACACCUUGUACAUCACUUCCACCCAUGGAUGUUAUAAAAGAUCAUUUGGAUCACUGGCAAGUCUAUACAGCAAGUAG